ACCCAACUACGUUAGCUACUUUUUGUGCUGAACAGACAAUUCAUUAGUUUUCUUCACAUUUGUUAUCUGGGCCUAUCCACAGCAAAAUGGUGUUACAACAAAUAAAAAUGCUGCUGUUGGGCAUCAUAACAUUGUGUCGCCGAGCAUUGUGUUGCUUCUCCCGGCGCCGCAAACUAAGUCAUGUCAACAAUGAAGACCACCAGCUACAGGCAGUCAACGUCAUUGUAGAGCGAGGCGAAUUUGCAACAACACACCAGCAAUCUCACCGAGGUGGCACUUUGGAUCAGCGAGAUUGGAACUCCUGGGAUGACAGUCCACGCACUGUCGAGGAGCACAUUGAACAAUAUAGACAGCGCAUGGCGCAGCCGCCAACGCCGCCGAAAGAAGAACCAGAGCCAGAUUUCUUUAGCGAACUGACGCCAGACAUUAAGCCACAGCUCAAGUAUUACUUAGCCGAUGCAGUGAGCACGGGCACUGGGCAAGUAUCAGGCCAACAAACUGACUUUUCAAGACUGCAGGCACAGGACACGGUGCCAAUUAGCUCCACUGCUGAUCUAGAAGAUUGGGUGGACGACAAUGCGGGUGGCUGGGAGGAGCUAGACACAUCCCAAACAAAGCAAAUUAUACGCGAGAAACGACGCGAGCUGCGUCAUCAGCGCCAGCCCAUAAGCAAGGCGCCACAGCUCAGCAUUGGAGCCCAGCGUCUCAGUGAUGUGCAACGUGGCACGUAGCCUAUCGUCGCAGAUCAAAAUAACUGAUCCUGGAGCAGCUGUUGGCCUAUGUUUUCCAAAAACUGUUCCAUUUUUAAUUCCCUUCUAGAUUAACUUUUGCUCCUAGUUGAGACGACCGUUUAUACUUUUAAGUUAUUCAUGGAUUGUGGCACAAAGCACUAGCCAAUAAAGUUGCACUAGCUGCAUCUUGCCUUUCA